ACUCUUCAAGUUUCAAAAUGUCGUUGCGCUUGGGACUGUGUCUCUUGGGCCUGCUUGGCCUGGUUGUCCUCUCGGAAUCCGGAAUCAUUAACCCCCACAUUGUGGGUGGCGAUCAGGCGGAUAUCUCGGACUUUCCUUACCAGGUGUCGGUUCGCCUGGAGACCUACAUGCUGCUCCACAUUUGCGGCGGAAGUAUCUACGCCCCCAAGGUGGUGAUCACUGCGGCGCACUGCAUCAAGGGACGCUAUGCCUCCUACAUCCGGAUUGUGGCUGGUCAGAACUCGAUAGCCGAUCUGGAGGAGCAGGGCGUAAAGGUCAGCAAGCUGAUCCCUCAUGCUGGCUACAACAAGAAGACGUAUGUGAAUGACAUUGGACUGAUCAUCACGAGGGAAGCCUUGGAGUACUCCGCAUUGGUGCAACCCAUUGCCGUGGCCGUGGAUGCCCCUCCUUCGGGAGCUCAUGCCGUGGUGAGUGGAUGGGGCAAGCGGACCGAGGAGGAUGAGGCUCUGCCCGCCCUGCUCCGAGCCGUUGAACUGGAGAUCGUGGAGCGAAACACCUGUGGCGCCCAGUAUCUGACCAAGGAGUACACCAUUACAGAUGAGAUGCUCUGCGCCGGAUAUUUGGAGGGCGGCAAGGACACUUGCAACGGUGACUCCGGAGGACCCCUGACUGUGGACGGCGUUCUCGUGGGAAUCGUCUCCUGGGGCGUAGGCUGCGGCAGGGAGGGAUUUCCUGGGGUCUACACCAGUGUCAAUUCACACACCGCUUGGAUCGAAGAGCAGGCGGAACCCUAUCUGGAGAUCUAGAGGUUCCUUAGACAAAACAAUGAAAAACAUUUUCUUAGCAUUUGAUUCUUUGCAAUCGUUAAAUAAACACGACUUAUUUUAUAAAUUCAUAAUUUAGUAAAUUAUGAUUUUGUAAAAACAGUUGUGUUUAUUUAAAGGUUGCUUCAAAUUCAUAGCUUAAAAUGUGUUUUUUCUUGUAAUUUUUUGUCUUGUGAUGAAGUUCUAACAAACGAACAAAUUAACCGAACAAAAUAUUACUUUAAUAU